CACUUUGGUAUCGAUGUUAUUUAUUUAAUGUUUUACAAAACCAUUGUACUGAUGAACCUGAGUUUACAAAUACUUGUAUUGAGGAUGAUUAUGAUUCACAACAGAUUCAUAUAAAUUCACUUUUAAAUAAUGUACCAUAUGACAAUAUUAAAGAAGCUUGGCGUAUUGUUAGACUUAGGGGCUCUAUGAAUGUUCACUAUAUUAUAUUGUUUGAUGAUGGAUUAUUUUUAUGCACAUGCACUUGGCCUAUUAGCCGUGGAAUUCCAUGCCGGCAUUAUUUUGCAGUUCUUUUAGAGUCAAACAUUGCUAUUUUUCACAUUUUUUUUAUAAUGCAACGGUGGUUUAAAAACAUUUAUCUUAAUGAACCUGAAGAUACUUUUUACAAUAUUUCAGCAAUUAGACCACAUUGUAAUAAACCUGCACCUAUAUUCACACCAGUUUUACCUAAUCAGACUAUUCUGUUUAGUGACUUCAAAAAACUCACCCAUAUACGUGAAGCUUCAGGAUCGAAAAAGCCAGAUAAAAAAUUUCUUCAAGACCGAAUACGUUAUGGCAAAAGUUAUGGGUUGCUGCAAACAGUUUUAACAUUAGCGAUGGAGACUGAAACAAAUAAAGAAGUAAACGAUUGGUGUUAUCAGUUUAUUCAGCAAAAAAAAAAGAUUUUAGAAUCCUUAUCUACAACUUAUAAAUCAAGUAUUGAUGAAAUGUCAAAUCAAAAUGAUCAAGAAAAUGUUAAUUUAGAAAAUGAUCAGAAAAAUGCCGAUCAAGAGAAUGCUAUUCAAGUUACUAAUCAGCAGACUGUUCAAGUUACUAAUCCAAAGUUUACACGGGUUAAAGGCCGACCAAGCCGAAGGCAAAAAAGUAUAUUGGAAUUAGAAAGCAAAAGGCCAUUACGAACUAUUAAUGAGAAUUCAAAUCAGCUAAACUAUGAAGAAAGUUCUAAGCAU